AAUCCUAUAGCAUAAGUAUUGAAGCACUUUAAGCUAAAUGCUAGCUUCACACGAUAGCAGAACAUCGCAGGCAAAUCAAGAGACAGUGUAGUAGUGUUAUUUACGAACGCACGCUUACUAUUAAAACAGUAUUGUACUGUUCUACUUUUCUGUCUCAAUAUGCACUUGUGUAACUGUCAUAACAUAGUAUUAUUCUUCGACUUUAUUUACAACUAAGUGAACGUUUAUUCUCGUGUAAGACUCGUUCCAAUCGAGUCGUAAAACAGCGCUGUGUGCUUUUUAAAUUUCUUUCAAACUAUUUUAUUCCUUUAAUUAAAAGACCAAGUGAUUAACAAUGCGGUUGAUGCUAAUUUUGAUUACAACAAUAUGUUUGUUGAAUUAUAGCGAAGCUAAUAAUUUGUUGGUUGUAUUUCCCAUUCCUGGAAAAAGUCAUUCUAUCCUAGGGCAUGCGUUCGUGAGACAUUUAUUAAAUGCAGGACAUAAGGUGACGUAUAUAACUCCGAUUCCAAUGAAAGAUGUCAAUCCUGCAUUGCGGCAAAUAAACGUUGAAUCGAAUAAAAACUGUUUUGCGCCUGAAGAAGUACUCGACAUUCAAAAGUUAAUGAGGAAAGAAGUUGAUAUGAAGGAUAUGCCGACGUUGUUUACAAUGAUGUUUAAUAUUGCUAACGCAACAAUACAACAUGAAAAUGUACAAAAUCUAAUUCAAGAUCCUACAGAAAAGUUUGAUGCAGUAAUCGCAGAAUGGAUGUAUAGUGAAUUAUAUUCUGGGUUUUCUGCUGUCUUCAACUGUCCACUGAUGUUCUUUUUAUCUGUAAGCCCUCAUAAUAUGGCAUUGUCGCUGAUAGAUGGAAUACCGAAUCCAGCUUACACCGCAGAUCAUAUCAAGUCCAACACAAUUCCUCCAUUUACAUUGUGGUCGCGAGUUCAAGAAUUAGUGACGCUUUUGGAUUGGAAGAUUUAUACUUGGUGGGUGAAUGAUCGGAAUGUUAAUUCUUACGAUAAAGCAUUUAAAUCAGCUGUGGUUAGAAGAGGGCGGAUCCUCCCUACUCUAGAUGAGAUGAAAUACAACGCGUCUCUCAUGUUCGGAAACUCACAUAUAUCAACUUCUGAUGGCAUUCCGCUUCCGCGUAAUUUCAUAGAAAUAGGCGGAUAUCAUAUUGACGGUAACAUCGAACCAUUAUCUAAGGAUUUAAAAAAGAUAUUGGAUGAAGCUAAACAUGGAUUUAUAUUCUUUAGCAUGGGCUCCAUGCUUCAAAGCAGCAAAAUGCCCGAGGCAAUAAAAUCAGGACUGGCAAAAAUAUUUGGUCAAUUAAAACAAAAAGUUAUUUGGAAAUUCGAAGGAUUGCUACCUGACAAGCCAAAUAAUAUUUUUAUGUUAGACUGGGCUCCGCAGCAGAGUAUUUUGGCUCAUCCAAACUGCGUGCUUUUUAUCACCCAUGGUGGUCUCCUAUCAACGACUGAGGCGUUGCACCACAGAGUUCCUAUAAUUGGUAUACCAAUGUUUGCUGACCAGUUUAUUAAUAUAAACAGGGCGGCUGCUAAGGGAAUAGGCAAGAGAGUCGAUUUAAAUUACGACACUCCCAAAAACUUGAAACUUGCAAUUGAAGAAAUCCUCGGAAACUCGAGUUACGGUGAUCGUAUCAAUGAACUUAACUACAUAUACCACGACCGGACCACAUCACCGGGGGCAGAAAUUACUCGUUGGGUGCAACAUGUUAUAAAAACCAAAGGCGCCCCACAUCUUCGUUCUCCAGCACUUCUGGUUCCUUGGUACCAAAAGUUGUACCUCGAUCUUAUUUUUCUAAUAAUAAUCAUUAUUGUUAUAUUUUCUAUUGUUAUCAAACGAUUAAUAGGUUAUAAGAAACUCAAUAUAAAUGUUAGUAAAAAGCGAAGUUGAUUUUAUAAGUUAUUUGAUUGUUGUAACAAUUAUAGAGUUAGAAAACUCAA